GCUGCCACUCCAUUUGACGACGAUGUCCAAGAACGACGACGCCGACGCUACGCUGCCACCAGUUGCAGCUUCCUCGAGCUUGAGUAUCAGUAUCCCGAACUCGUCAUUUCCAUCGCAAGGACCGACAACUCAACCUCCAUCUGCCCAAGCGACGACGGCCGGUGUGUUCCAUGCGUCGCUGCCCGUGCUGAAUCCGCCGUUGUACUUUGGAAUUGUCGAAAGCGAAGUGUUCCGGUGCAACAAGUUUGACAGCUCAUCGUUUUCAUUCGUGUCCCAACUCGCGUUGAACACCGUCGUGUACUUGUCGACGGAUGACCUGGGCCGCGAACUCAGCGACUUCUUCAAGGAGCGCGACGUACAAGUCUUGCAUCUCGGGGCCAAGUACCGCAACUCCAAGGGCAUCACAGAAGGAAUGACGAAGGAAGCGAUCGAGUGCAUCUUGGACCAGCGGCGGUAUCCCAUCAUGGUCAUGUGCAAGACGGGCAUUCAUAUUUCCGGGUACGGCACCCCCUCCUGCAGCCUCCUCCUUCCCCGUCCAUCUAGGUCUGUAAUCGGAUGUCUCCGCCGCCUCCAAAACUGGAGCCUCACCGCCACCAUCGACAAGUACCGCAACCUGGCCGGCACGACCAAGACCAAGUUCGAGAACGAGCAGUUCAUCGAGUUCUUUGACGUCGACUUGGUUACGUUGCCGCCCCACUUGCCCGACUGGUUUGUGCUGAAUCAGCGUCUUUUGGACGAAGAGCGCGCCGCGAUGGCGCGAAGAGAAUGCUUCCCCGGCGUGACGACCGAGCCCUUCUCCGACGAAUAUGCAGCGCUGCCCGCGUACCAGCGGUACUAUUUCAAUGCGCAGGGGCCGCUCACGUCGCCAUCCGUGUCGUUCUCGGAGAAACUCAGUUUGAUUGGAGAUGACGAUGGCGAUUAGCGAUUAAGUCAAAUCAUCGUGGUUGUCGCUCUCAAUCGACUGCUUGAC